AUGCUGCCAGGAUGCUCUCCUGCCGGCCUCCCCUCCGCCCUGUAUCGCCCUCUCCACGAACCGCUCCCCCAACAACCGCGGUGUGGCAGGAAAUGCAUGUUCUUUCUACAGACAAACGAUGCCACCCCCAUUGUAAUCACAGCAGCUGCACCAGGCAAAGGUGGUGGUGUGCUUGAUCGACCAGCAGAGAAAGUUUCUCCUGGCCGUCAAUUUGAAUUCGAUAAGAAGAAAUCCCGGAAGAUGUCACCUCCAUUCCGCGUCGUCCUGCACAAUGACAAUGAAAACAGGCGAGAGUAUGUUGUCCAAGUCCUGAUGAAGGUUAUCCCUGGGAUGACCGUAGACAAUGCUGUUAAUAUCAUGCAAGAGGCACACGUGAAUGGGAUGGCAGUAGUUAUUGUCUGCUCGCAGCCUGAAGCGGAGGAGCACUGCACAGCGCUGAGAGGCAAUGGCCUCCGAAGCUCAAUUGAACCUGCAAGUGGUGGCUGCUGA